AUGGCCUAUGUUUACUCGGACAACUCUGAGCGCAACGGUGUGGGUGAGGAGGAAGUCAAGGAGGGAGAAGAGGAUACAGGCAUUAAUCAGGAGGUCAAAGAUUCGGCUCCCCUGGCUACGCUCGCACCUAUUGCUGUCGACCUUCUCCGAUCAAGGCUCCGAAGGAUGUCUAGACUCCUAACCCUGAAAAGGCUGCCAAGACUCUUGCCGUCGAGAGUCCCUCUACCCAGAUUGCGAUUUUUGAAACAAAAGAUAGUAAAUGAUGAACAAGAUAUUAAUAGACAAAGAAUGACAAACAAAUUGUAUCGUCAGAAAGAAGAGAUGGCUUUGCAAUCUUUUACAGAUCAUAUGAUGAAACUUUGGGAUGGAUGGGAAACUCGAGUGUUGGUUUUAUUGAGCCUUUUUGUACAAAUCAUCCUCAUCAUAUUCGGUUCUCAAAGAAAAUAUACUAGAAGAAUUUGGAUCAAUCUCCUUGUUUGGUUAGCAUACUUGACAGCAGACAUGAUGGCAACAGUAGCUCUCGGUUGUCUUGCUCGCAGCCGACGAGAUUGUGCAGCUGAUAAAGUUUUAAAGCUCCAAGCAUUUUGGGCACCUUUCCUUCUACUGCACCUUGGUGGCCCCGAUACUAUCACAGCUUACUCCUUAAAUGAUAAUGAAUUUUGGCUAAGGCACUUUCUUCAAUUUGUGUUCCAAGUUGGAGUAGCAUUUUAUGUCUUUAUACCAUCCUGGAGAAACAAAGAUGCCUUCAUAUUUAUAGCCAUUCCAGUGUUUAUCGCUGGAAUAAUUAAGUAUGGAGAGCGAAUUUUGGUGCACUCUUCAAGCUCCAAGCAAUUUAAAGAUUCCUUGCGUUCACCUCCUGAUAUUUCUCAUGAUCCUGUAAACCUAGAAAAUCAUAAGGAAAAAGAAGGGUCUGAAAAGAAAUCAACUGAAGAGGUAAAUAAUUACCUCGUUGAAGCUGUUUCCUCGUUCAAAAAAUUCAGGUGUCUCUAUGCCGACUUAAUUCUCGAUCAUGAUGAAAGGAAAGGAAGUUGCUCUCUUUUCAGCCAGAAGUCAGCAAAAGAAGCCUUCAAAUUGAUAGCGGUUGAGCUUGGAUUCAUGUAUGAUGUGCUCUACACAAAGACGACCACAAUUUAUUCGGAUUCGGUUUAUGCAUUCAUUGUACUUCUUUUCUCUGAUUGGACAAAACUUUGGUUGACGAAGCGUAAUUAUAUGUCCAUUGAUACAUGUUCUUUUGGUUUACUCUCCAACGACAACAGAAGGUGGUCAGGAUCCAUGGGUCAGUACAAUCUAUUAAGUUCUUCUCUUUCAGAGAACAAAUCAGCCACAUCGUUGAUCGUUGGAGUUCAGAAGCUAUUUGGAAUCAAAGAAUUGAUAGAAAAGUAUAAAUAUUUGACUUGGAAAGAAGUGGAUGAUGGUUUGUUAGAAGCGAUCUUUAUCCAACUCCUUGAGAAAAGCCAAGAACUUAAAGGGGAUCUUUUUGAUAUCAAGCAAUGCAAAGAAUUGUUAGGUCGGAGAGGAGAUUAUGUGCUUAGCAAAAGGUCUUUUAGUAAUGAAUUUCGUUGGAGCACAAUUGAGGUGGAAUUUGAUUACAGUCUUCUUCUUUGGCACAUCGCUACUGAUCUUUGUUAUUAUCAUGAUUUCUAUAACCUUGAAGAGGGUCGUGAACUUCCACCAGAAUGCAAAAUUAGUAAAUGGUUAUCAGAUUAUUUGUUGUAUCUUUUAGUCAUAUAUUCAACCAUGUUGCCCAAAGGGAUUGGUGAGAUGAGAUAUAAAGACACCUGCCUAGAAGUCAGAUUUUUGAGAGAAAAAAAGGUUGGUUCAUCCACUGAAAUCAGUAAAGUUUACAAGGCUUUACUUGAUGAAUCAGCACUGGAUCAACACAUUCAGAAUAAAGGAAGUUCUCUGUCGGUGUUAGUUCAUGGAUGUAUGCUCGCCAAGCAAUUGCAGGGUUUGAACAUCUUAGUAGAUGAUAGUGGGAGGAACCGUAAAUGGGAGGUGAUAAGUGAAGUGUGGAUGGAAAUGUUGGGACAUGCUGCAAAUCAUUGUGGAUGGAAAGAGCAUGGAGAACAACUUAUGAAUGGUGGAGAGUUACUUACGUAUGUCUUCUCAUGGCACAUCUUGGCUAAAGUGAACAAUAUCAAAUCCAAAAGCAACCCAUCCACCAGCAUUGGAGAACUAGGCUUUUUGUAG